CGCGCUGCUGGAAGACGAAGAGCAAGAUGGCGGUGGUAGUGCGAAGUUUGCAGGACCAGCUUGAAAAAGCUAAGGAAAGCUUAAAGAGCGUGGACGAAAAUAUUCGAAAACUAACCGGUAGAGAUCCGAGUGAAUUAAGACCGGGUCAAAAUAGGAGGCAAACCAUCCCAGGCCCAGGUGGAGGUAGGGGACGUGGAAUCAACUUGCUGAGGCGUGGACUCUCAGACAGUGGUGGAGGACCCCCAGCCAAACAGAGGGACAUCGAAGGGGCACUCUUGAGGCUGGCAGGGGAUCAGCGAGCCAGGAGAGAUUCACGCCAUGACAGCGACGCUGAGGAUGAUGACGAUGUCAAAAAACCAGCGUUGCAGUCAUCUGUGGUUGCUACCUCCAAAGAACGUACGCGCCGUGAUCUUAUUCAAGAUCAGACCAUGGAUGAGAGAGGGAAGCAAAGAAAUCGGCGCAUGUUUGGCCUGUUGAUGGGAACUUUGCAGAAGUUUAAACAGGAGUCUACGGUGUCCACAGAGAAGUUAAAAAGACGCCAAGAAAUUGAGCAGAAAUUGGAAGUGCAGGCAGAACAGGAGCGUAAAAAAGUUGAGAGUGAAAGGAGAGAGCUCUUUGAAGAAAGACGUGCCAAACAAACUGAGCUACGACUUCUAGAGCACAAAGUGGAGCUUGCUCAACUGCAAGAGGAGUGGAAUGCACAUAAUACUAAGCUCAUCAAGUUCAUUCGCACAAAGACCAAGCCCCCUAUCUUUUACCUGCCUGGUCGAAUGUGCUCAGCUACACAAAAGCUCAUGGAGGAGUCUCAGAAAAAAUUAAAUGGCAUGUUUGAUGAGAGACGUGAAGCCUUUGCAGAGCAUCUCAACAAAAUGGAGGCUCGGCCAAGGCGUCAACCCCAGCGUACAGGUGGCAAGGAUAUGGAGGACAGCCGUCGGGCUGAAGAGAUGAAGAACGAAGAUCAAGAGGAGGGUAAGGCUGUAGUAGGGCCGACAGGUAACAGACAUGAUGUGGAGAUGGAGGAUGACGAGGAAGAUAUAGUCGAGGAGGAAGGUGAGGAAAGCUCAGAGAUUAGGGAGAGGGAGGGAGACCAAGAGCAGGGGGAGGAGAAGGAUAAACAAGAGGAGAGUGAGAGGAAGGCAGAGGAGGAAAAAGAGUAUGAAGAUGUGGGAGCAGUCGAGGUUAAGGAAGACGAGGAGGAACAAAUGGAAGUCACGGAAGUUCAGAGGGAGGCUGAGGGACAGGGUAAGUUGCAGGUUGAGAGUCCACAGGCCACAGUUGAAGAGGUAGGUAGUGAGAAAAGGGAGGAAGAACAGGAGACAGAGAAGGAGUCUCAGGAGGAAAUUAUAACAGAAUCUCAGCAAACCCCAGAAAGCCAUGUGGAAACUGAGGUUGCAGAAUUUAAAGAACCAGAACUUGAAGCCUCAACACCUAGUGCAGAGGAAAAUGUCACUAAAGAGGAUGACCAUGCUCAAGAUUCCCAACCAUCACCACCUGAACCUAAUCCAGAAGUCCCAUCUCAAGAGCAGAGCCAAGAACCCACAGUUCAGCCACAAGAAGCCAAAGCAGACACAAAGGAGGCUGCUGAGGAUGUUAAUGACUCUCGUGCUAGGACCAAAGCAAGAGCCAAGAGGAGCAAGAGUCGAAGUAGCAGUAGCUCCUCUUCAAGUUCCUCUUCAAGUUCCUCAAGUGGAUCCAGCUCCUCUAGUGGCUCCAGCAGCCGAAGCAGUUCUUCUGGCUCCUCGUCGUCUUCCUCCAGCUCACGCUCUCACAGCCGCGGCAGGGAUAGAGAUGCCCGGGACCGCAAAGGCCGUAGGAGACCAUCUGACCGGGAGCGUAGGAAAAGCGGAAGCGAGAGAGGACACAAGUCCUCCAAAGGCAGUGGCCGUGACAUUAAAGGCUCCAAAGACAAGAGCUCUAAACCCGACAGGAAGAUGACGAGUUCAGAAGGAAGCAGGUCAGGGAGGAGGUCCUCCAGGAAUGACAGGGAUCGCAAGUCUAAUAGAAAGGAUCGACGUUGAAGAACAAGAAUGCUGCCAGUCUUGCGUAAUUUUCUCUUCUUUUUUUUUUUUUUUUUUUAGAGCCUAUGUUUGUCAGAAUUGUGUGGUGAUCAUAGGAGUUUUUCUUUAGUGGGUUUUAAGUUUGAAGUCUCCAUGUAACAAUCUUUUUUGUUUUGUCUGUCAACUGGUUAUUUGGACUUAAGUGUAUCUUGGAUUUUUUUUUUUUUUUUAUGUUCAAUUUUAUGAACUCUGCUUUUAAGAAAUGUCACUAUAAACAUGUUGGUUUCAGACACAU